AAAAAGAAGAAGAAGAAGAAGAUAUAACCUUUAAUGAAGAAGAUAUGAAAACAUUAUUGAUCCAGGAACUGAAUUUACGCGAACAAAUUGAUCUAUUACAACAGGAAGUUGCAAAACUCUCAGGUGACCGUAUUUUAUAUGUAUCUGCAUCCACUGCCACUGAUGAUAGCAACCAGGAUGAACAAGAAGAUGAUCAGUUCGAUAAUAUGCAAGACGACCAAGUUGACUUGAAUAAUACGGAAAGCGACAACUACGAUGAACAAGACGACGACCAAGACGACGAUGAAGACAGUGACGAUGAGGAUGAUAGUAGCUCAAGUCAGAACGAAAGUGACAACAAUGAUAAUGAGUUAGACGAGGCAAGUGAUUCCGGCAAAACAAGUGAAAAGAAUGAUCAAACUAUGGAUGACGAUGAUGAAGAAGAAGAUGAAACUCAAGAAUUCGAAGCUCCUGAAUGGUGUGUGCCUAUCAAAGCCAAUGUUAUGACUUUUGAUUGGGAAUCUUUAGCCAAAGAAGUCCAAUUUGAUGUCAUUGUAGCUGAUCCUCCAUGGCAGUUGGCUACUCAUGCUCCUACCCGUGGUGUAGCUAUUGCUUAUCAACAACUUCCUGAUGUUUGUAUCGAAGAUCUACCGAUUCCUAAACUUCAAGAAAAUGGAUUCAUUUUUAUUUGGGUCAUCAACAACAAAUAUGCAAAAGCUUUUGAAAUGAUGGAAAAAUGGGGUUAUACAUAUGUGGAUGAUAUUACUUGGGUUAAACAAACAGUGAAUCGACGUAUGGCAAAAGGACACGGAUAUUAUUUACAGCAUGCUAAAGAAACAUGUUUAGUUGGAAGAAAGGGAAAGGAUCCUAUCACAUGUCGUCAUUCUGUUGGUUCUGACAUCAUUUUUUCAGAAAGAAGAGGUCAAAGUCAAAAACCAGAAGAAUUAUAUGAAUUGAUUGAAGAAUUAGUACCCAAUGGCAAAUAUUUGGAAAUCUUUGGAAGAAAGAAUAAUCUACGGGAUUACUGGGUCACGGUUGGAAAUGAAUUGUAGUGAUAUUUAUAGGCAUACUAGAAAAUUAUAUAUAUAUGAAAUAAAGAAGGGAAAAAAAAGCAUUUAAAC